AUGGCUUUACUGCCAUUGUUCUUCGUACUCGUGCAAAGCCUGAUCCAGUACCCCCAGCCGGCUGGGGAUAAGCUGGAUGAGGCCACGCACCGGCGAAUUAAGGAGCGUCAGGAGCUGCUGGACCACGAGAUGGCUCGGCUGCUGCAGGAGCUGGAGGAGCAGGACGAGGGCUGGGGAGCCGUGCUGUUUGGUGCCCUGCAGCACUGCACGAGAAGGAGCCGUGAGGCCAGCAACGAUGAUGUAAACGAAGGUGAAGACAACGUAGAUGGACGGGAAGAAUACACAGUUGUGAAGGUGCAGGAAAGCAGUGAUGCCAGUGAACAGAGAAGCAGUGAUUGCACUGGGCAAGAAGGCAAACAGGGUGAUGUGAACGUGGAGGCAAAAAAGAAGGAGGAUGGAAAAGAAGACAAAGAAGGUAACGUGGCUGCCAGUGGAAAAGAAGGCAGUGAUGGUGGCAAGGAAGAAAGCAGCUGUGUGGAAGACAGAGGAAAGACUGGAGAUGUUAGAAACGGGCAAGGCAUCCUUUUACUGGACCACAUAGAGUGGCCUGUGGAGGACCUGGAGAGAGGUUGCUCAGUGAUCACUGAGCUGAUGGAGAGCUUCACGCGUGUCUUUGUGGAUAGCGUGAGCAAUAGCUUCUACCCAGUGCCUCAAGAAGCCAUCGGGGUGGGCAGUGCCUUUGAGGGUUGGAGGCCCCGUGACUGGGAUGGGGUGUACCGUGUGCUGGUGCCGCUGAAUCCCCCACCAGGGCACGCCUUCCACCUAGAGCUGAACAGUGCAGGGCAGGUGGCAGCAAGGACCUUCAGCGUCCGUGUGGAGCUGGUGUGCACGUGCGAGAGGGAGCAGCUGGGAGAGGAGCCGUUGUGCUUCCUGCACCACUCACGGAAGGAGCUGGGGUGGAAGCAGAAGCUCAGCCUCCUCGAGACGCUGUGCACCGGCUCCUACCUGGAUGUGGUAAAAACCUCCUGCUGGUUCUUCCAGCUGGUGAGAAGCUCGUGGCUGCAAGUGCCUCAGUGGCACUCCUGGCACAUGGUGUUUCAGCCCUGCAGCCGGUCCUGCCGGUUGCAGCUGAGCAAAGGCAGGAAGAGCCUGACAGUGGAGAUUCUCUUUGGGGUGCGCCAAGAGGACUCCAACAUCUUUGUGGUCAGCCAGCACACAGAGGCCCAGAAAGGCGGUUCCAGCAUCCUUGUGAGCAGGCAGCCUGCCAAGGCCAACAUCAUUUCAAGGACAUCAUGGCCUGAGACGUACGCUGUGGCAGAGGCAAAAUUCUUCCGGCACAUCGCCAGGCAGCUGCCGUGUGAGAGCUUGCACCUGAAAUGCCUGCAGCUCUUCACCUGCAUCCUGAAGGGCACCGGCUUUUCCAGCUCUACCUGGAAGACUGUGGUCAUGCACGUGCUGACCACAGUACCAGUGUCCCGGUGGCACAGGAGCGCAUUUGCACGGCGGCUCUGGGACAUCAUGGCAUUCCUGGACCGCUGCCUGCAGCUGAAACGCCUGGAGCACUUUGUGCUUGGCAGCGAGAGGCUUCCUGCAGAGAUCAGCUUGCCACCAGCAACACGAAGGGUUGAGCCGCCCAACCUCUUUGAGCACCUGGCCCAAGAUCCGGCCGCCCACAGAGAGGCCCUGCAAGCUUAUGGUCAGCUGCGAUUUCGCCUCUGGGUGCUGCUCUCCAGCCACUGA